CCGGAAUCUCAGCCGCCGUCUGGGGGCUGAGGCGGCGCGGAGACGCGUGCGCAGUGCGCGGGCGGACCGUCGUGGACGCCGCUCCGGGCAGCCGAGCGUCUGUAGGAGCCGGGGCCGCGGCGGCGCGGGUGCUCCGGGCCGAGGACCCGUGUAAUGUUCAAGCUUAGAAAUGCCUUAUGUGGAUCGCCAGAAUCGCAUUUGUGGUUUUUUAGACAUUGAAGAAAAUGAAAACAGUGGGAAAUUUCUUCGAAGGUACUUCAUACUCGAUACCAGAGAAGAUAGUUUCGUGUGGUACAUGGAUAAUCCACAGAACCUACCUUCUGGAUCAUCACGUGUUGGAGCCAUUAAACUUACCUACAUUUCAAAGGUUAGCGAUGCUACUAAGCUGAGGCCAAAGGCCGAGUUCUGUUUUGUUAUGAAUGCAGGAAUGAGGAAGUACUUCCUACAAGCCAAUGAUCAGCAGGACCUAGUGGAAUGGGUAAAUGUGUUAAACAAAGCUAUAAAAAUUACAGUACCAAAGCAGUCAGACUCACAGCCUAAUUCUGAUAACCUAAGUCGCCAUGGUGAAUGUGGGAAGAAGCAAGUGUCUUACAGAACUGAUAUUGUUGGUGGUGUACCCAUCAUUACUCCAACUCAGAAAGAAGAAGUAAAUGAAUGUGGUGAAAGUAUUGACAGAAAUAAUCUGAAACGGUCACAAAGCCAUCUUCCUUACUUUACUCCUAAACCACCUCCGGAUAGUGCAGUUAUCAAAGCUGGAUAUUGUGUAAAACAAGGAGCAGUGAUGAAAAACUGGAAGAGAAGAUAUUUUCAAUUGGAUGAAAACACAAUAGGCUACUUCAAAUCUGAACUGGAAAAGGAACCUCUUCGUGUUAUUCCACUUAAAGAGGUUCAUAAAGUCCAGGAAUGUAAGCAAAGUGACAUAAUGAUGAGGGACAACCUCUUUGAAAUUGUAACAACGUCUCGAACUUUCUAUGUGCAGGCUGAUAGCCCUGAGGAGAUGCAUAGCUGGAUUAAAGCAGUCUCUGGCGCCAUUGUAGCGCAGCGGGGGCCUGGCAGAUCUGCAUCUUCUAUGCGGCAGGCCAGAAGGCUGUCGAACCCUUGUAUACAGAGGUAUACAUCAAGAACUGGUGAAUGCAGCACGAGCAUCCCCCCGGUCCUUCCGAAUCCAAACACGCUUUCCGUCCCGCCACCGCAGCCGCCACCACCUCACAUUCCACAGCCUCUCGCAGCAACUCUUUGGUCUCAAGCUUUACCAUGGAGAAGCGAGGAUUGUACGAAUCUCUUGCCAAGGUCAAGCCAGGGAACUUCAAGGUCCAGACUGUCUCUCCAAGAGAACCAGCUUCCAAAGUGACUGAACAAGCUCUGUUAAAACCUCAAAGUAAAAAUGGCCCUCAGGAAAAAGAUUGUGACCUAGUAGACUUGGAUGACGCGAGCCUCCCAGUCAGUGACGUGUGAGGCAGACACGCAUGGAGCCUGCCUGCCUCUGCCUCCUGUUUCCUUUUGUGAGGCUUCUAGCCAAAGAUGAUAAAGGGGAAAAUGGGUUUUAGUGUGGAUGUUAUACUGCCUCUUAGGUGUAUUCUUUAUAAGCUGGUAAACCAAGAAUCUAGGGAGUGGCCAAACUAAAUAUAAUUUCUUUAAAAAGAAAGAAAAAGGAAAAAUCCAAAAUAUCUCAGUGUCAUCUGUCUGAAGCAUUGUGUGUUCUCAUUUGGGUGGUAACAAUGUGCGUGUAAUAUUUUUUCCUAGUGAUUUUGACAGUUUAAAUGUUUAACAGCUUAAAACAUUAAAAAUGCUGAUUAAUUACUUUGGUCAUUUAAAAAAUGCUACUGUGACGUCUGAUUAAACGUUCAAUAUUUACACAUCCUUAUUGGUCACUAUUACCAAAUGAAAUAUUGCCAGACCAAGAUACCUAAACUCAUGAUGUCUGUGGUGCUGUAAAAUUUAUACUGCAAUGUGGACUCUGUUGAAAUUACAACCAUUUUUGAUGCCCUGAUCUUGAGGUGAGUUGCAAAUUUUGCAUAGAGGAUAUUAUUCGACCAACAGUAAGGGUUGUGGGUUAUACUGGGGUAGAGAAAAGGGGAAAACAAGAAUUCAAACAACUCCGUCUUAGAUGUUUGUUUGGAAAAGCUUAAUCAGGCCUUGGAGCAGUCAGUGCUUUCUUCAGCAAAAAUUAUUUGGUAGGAAAUUUUUGGGAGAUCUGACUUUCUUAUAAACGUUUUGUAAAUAGUUCUUAUUUCUAUAUUUGGAUUGGUGAAAGACCUCAAGUUUAUAUGUAAAGACGUAACUGCCCUUAGUCAUGAAAUUGUUGUGACCUCUCCUUUUUGUCACUAAUAACCUAGAUUCAAGUGCCUGUGUUUUUUCAUCUUGUUUAGGAAUGGUUUGAGAUUCAUAUGCUAAAAAGUCCUCCUGACUGGUUUUAAACAUUGAGAUAAAAUUAAUUUUCAGUAGAAUAAUGUGUUAAAUAAGAUAGCAUUUUAUGUUAGAGAUACCAGAAUGCUGGUAUUCUACUACCUGUGCAAUAUAUAUGUUUUAAAGAAAACAAAUUUGGGAAUACAUUUAAUCAUGGGCAUAUAGAUAUAAGCACCCCUCUAAAGAAUUCUUCAUUUCUGGUGUUGAAUUAUAGACCAGUUUGAGUAAAUACUGGUUUUUUGUUUUGUUUUUUUGUGGGUUUUUUUUUUUUUUGAGACAGUGUCUCGCUCUUUUUGCCCAGGCUAGAGGGCAGUGGCGUGAUCUCAGCUCACUACAACCUCCGCCUCCUGGCUUCAAGCAGUUCUCCUGCCUCAGCUUCCUCAGUAGCUAGGAUUACAGGCGCAUGCCACCACACUCGGCUAAUUUUUGUAUUUUAGUAAAGAUGGAAUUUCACCAUGUUGGCCAGGCUGGUCUUGAACUCCUGACCUCAGGUGAUCUACACGUCUCAGCCUCCCAAAGUGCUGGGAUUACAGGUGUGAGCCACCACACCUGGCCCAUAAGUACCGUUUUUGUGGUUCCGUCUUAAACAUUUGCUUUAAAAAAACAGUCUUGAAUUUCACAUGCUGCUAUUUUUAUAUUUUGCCAUUUUACUGUACUGUUUUGUUUUGAAUUCGUACAUAUCACUGAAAAUUUCUCUUUUUCAUUUUCUAAGGUGACUUCUUGUCUGAGACAGAAAAAUUUCCUACUACAGCAGUGGGGUCCAGAGGUUAAGAUCUAUUAGAAUUAUAUAGUAUCAGUUUAAAAAUCUGUAUGCAUAAAGAGUAUACCACUCAACUUUUUUAUUCAUAAGCUAAUAUUUUUUUAAAGUUAGAUUUUUUUCUCUUUUGCACCUACAUUUGAAAGUGAUAAAUAGAUUUUAAUUAUCACUUUUUCUGUCGAUAUAUUCACUAUAAUGGCUUUUUUGAAAGUUUCUUUUUCAUAAACACACCCAAGAAAUCUGAUAUGGACACUUUGCAAUAUUUAAGAACCUAAUGCUGUUUAAUUUUGGUACAGCUUCCACACUGCAUGUUCAUUUUAGCAUAUUUUGGUAUUUGCAAUUUGAUAUAUUUCAUGGUGGUAAAAUAUUAGCUCUAUUUUGGGACAUUUUAAAAUAGAACUGUCCUUGUUCAGUAGCAUAGGAAAAUGUUCUUGUGAUUGUCAGGGUCUCCUAAUAUUUAUCUCAAUUCUUUUAUAAGUCUAUGGAAAUUAUUUAAUUAUUUUAAAACUUACACACUUCUCUGGUAAAUAUGUCACAUCUGAGUUCAAAAAAAUUACUUUGAAAACCUUAAUAUUUGCUGCAUUUUUUUUUCUGUAUAUAUAACAUGUCUUCUUUCAGAAUGGGAAUAUAUGUGUGCCUCCCAACAUUUAUUGUUAAAGUCUGUUAUCUUUAUAUGUCAAACUGGUUGAACACUGUAAUGACUUGAGAAUAAACUGCACAGAGUUUAUUCAGACUUGUUUCUCGUUUUGUUUGAUUCAGCUCUUGUGUGAACAAGUAAACGAUUAAGGAUGUG